AUGUCUUUGGUCAAAGCUAGAGCGGAAUUUGGCACACCAUUUCGUCCCAUGUAUAUGAAUAUUUCAGGAUACCUUGCUGUUAAAGGUGCUCGCCUUGAUGUUUCUUUCGAGUCGACGAUUGAGGCUGGUGGUUCAAAUGAGCAUGUAUGA